AUACAAAUUGAGCAUGGCUUCAAAUGCCACGGAACAGAUUCUUACUUACAGAUCUAGACAAGUCGAAACUUUUGGGUGAUCAUCUCUUCACGAGUGGUCAUCAUGACUGAAUGAAACGAUAUCAUUGCGCACCCGGUCUGAGUGAGAGCCUCUGGACAUUAUGCCAGCUGAAGAGGUAUUUGACCGUGUUUCCAUAGAGGAUGAUUCAAAGACUGGGCCAGAUAUUCCCUUCCUUUUGGAAGAGUGUGAGAAAGACAAGGAGCCCUGGAAGUCAGUGUUGAAAAGGAAGGUGUUGAAAAAGUGUUCCUGCAGUACAACUUGUGCCAAAUCCCUGCUUGUAGAUUCCCUUCCAAUUCUGAAAUGGCUGCCACGCUAUAACUUCAAAGACUGGAUCAUUGGGGAUGCCAUGUCAGGUCUAAUCGUGGGUAUCCUGUUGGUUCCCCAGUCCAUUGCCUAUUCUUUACUGGCAGAACAAGACCCUAUUUAUGGACUCUAUACAUCUUUCUUUGCCAGCAUUAUCUACACCCUGCUAGGCACCUCCAAGCACAUCUCAGUGGGGAUGUUUGGAGUAUUGUGUUUGCUGGUGGGGCAGGUGGUAGACAGGGAGCUUACUCUGGCUGGCUACCCCUCAGAAACCAAUCAGACUGCUCUGGGGAUCAUCGACAACAGCACUGUUCCGAUUUGUGACCGAAGCUGCUAUGCAAUCAUGGUGGGAGCAACACUAACUUUCACAGCAGGGGUCUAUCAGGUGUUGAUGGGUCUCCUACAAGUUGGAUUUGUCUCAGUCUUCCUCUCUGACUCUCUGUUGAGUGGAUUCGCUACUGGUGCCUCUCUCACCAUCCUCACAUCCCAAAUCAAGUACUUUCUGGGGCUUCACCUUCCUCGUGUCCAAGGUUGGGGGUCAUUUAUAAAAACCUGGAUAAGUCUGCUGAAGAAUCUGGGCCAUACCAACAUAUGUGACCUCAUAACAAGCAUUCUCUGCUUGCUUGUACUUGUACCCACCAAGGAGCUUAACCACCGUCUCAAGACAAAGCUCAAGGCCCCUAUUCCCUUUGAGCUCUUUGUGGUCAUUGGUGCUACUCUGGCUUCCCACUUUGGCCAUUUCAACGAAAAAUAUGGCUCAGAUGUAGCUGGGGAUAUUCCAACAGGCUUCAUGCCACCACAACUACCAAACUGGUCUCUUAUACCCAAUAUUGCAGUUGAUGCCUUCUCAAUAGCUAUUGUUGGUUUUGCCAUUACAGUGUCUUUAUCUGAGAUGUUUGCUAAGAAGCAUGGUUAUGUUGUGGACCCUAACCAGGAGAUGUAUGCCCUUGGGUUCUGCAAUAUCAUUCCAUCGUUUUUCCGUUGUUUCACAACCAGUGCCGCCUUGACCAAGACUCUUGUGAAGGAGUCAACUGGUUGCCAGACUCAGCUCUCUGGGUUGGUGACUGCUCUAGUGCUACUGCUUGUCCUACUUGUUAUUGCCCCUCUUUUCUACUCAUUGCAGAAAUGUGUAUUGGCCGUCAUCAUUGUCGUCAACCUCCGUGGUGCCCUGUGGAAGUUUGCAGACAUUCCCAAAAUGUGGCAUGUGAACCGCGUUGACACUAUUAUCUGGCUGGUAACCAUGGCUACCUCAGCACUGGUGAACACUGAGUUAGGCCUGCUUGUUGGAGUUUUGGUGUCAGCGUUUUCUGUGCUAGGCCAAACUCAGUGUGUCCAGGUCCUGCAGCUUGGCCAAGCAGGGGACCGCGAGGUCUUUGAGGACAUUGCAUCAUACAAGGGUCUUCAGACCCAUCCAGGGGUAGCUGUUUUCCGCUAUGAGGCUCCCAUCUACUAUGCCAACCAAGUUCUAUUCAAGAAGUCACUGUACCGCAAUGUGGGCCUGGAUCCACUCAAAGAGAAGGCCAGGCGCAAGACACUGAUGAAGCAGAAGCCUCAGGGUGGAGAAGAGAAUAAGCAAGAGAUGGAAUUGUCCACCAAUGUGUUUCUGCUACAGCAUACCACCUUCCAUACCCUGGUCAUAGACUGCAGUCCAGUGCUGUUUCUGGACACUGCAGGAGUCAAUGCUUUGAAAGAGGUAUACAAGGACUACAAAGAGUUGGGAGUGUGUGUACUUUUGGCACAAUGCAGCACCUCUGUCAUUGAUACCUUGCGGAGGGGAGACUACUAUGACCGAAAGACUGGUACCAAAGAAAUACUGUUUCAUAAUGUUGGUGAUGCUAUCUCUUAUGCCCAAAGCUUGAUGUCGCAGAAUGGUAAUUGUGACACUGUUGUGUAAUGCUCUGCUACGUAUUGAUUUAUAAACAAACUUGCCUUUUUCAAUUGAUGAAAUUGAAUUUCAAAAUUAUAUAAUUCAGAUGUUCUUUUAAGAUCUCUAUAAAAUGAAUAGACAAUCAUCUGUUUACAGCAGCAUAAUUGCUAUUGAAAACCAAACAAUUGAUGUGUUUUAUGUAUAUAUUUUGCAGUACUUUAAAACUAGUUAAUCAGUAACUUUUAAACCCUUUUUGUUUCUCAGGAGCUUUCUCUAGUCUUAGAAAAGAAUACUGGUCUUAAAAUGGUUGUAUUGUGAACAACAGUAUUUAAGGGUUUAAUCUCUUUUCUACAUGAACCGAAAUGUUAUGCUAGACAAGAUCUAGCUCAUAUAUUUACUUUAUAUGAUCUCCUUCCAUUCUAGUUUGCUAUGCAUAUUCAGUCAGAAUUAUGCUAUUUAAUGUAAGUUGUGACAUUUACCCAACUUUAUGGCUAGUUUUGAAUGUUGAAAUUACCAUAAAGUCUGGAUACACAAAGAUUGUAGUUGGGUGAGUAAAAGUUGAACUCUUUCACCCAGUCACAAGAUGUUUACCUCAGUUGAAGAAGCACCGGGAAAUUUGCUGCUGUGCAUUGUCACUGUGACGUUGCUACCACAUAAUAGCUUUUGAAAAAGUGCAGCCUUCAUUAUAUUUGUAUACAGUUGAUGUCAGAAUUUACAUACACCUUGGCCAAAUACAUUUUAAACUCCAAAACCGUUUUUCACAAUUCCUGACAUUUAAUAGUAGGAAGCAUUCCCUACUAGGUCAGUUAGGAUCACUUCUUUACUUUAAGAAUGUGAAAUGUCAGAAUAAUAGUAGAGAGAAUGAUUUAUUUAUUUCAGCUUUCAUUUCUUUCAUCACAUUCCCAGUGGGUCAGAAGUUUGCAUACACUUUGUUAGUAGUUGGUAGCAUUGCCUUUUAAAUUAUUUAACUUAGGUCAAACAUUUUGGGUAGCCUUCUACAAGCUUCUCAUAAGUUGCUGAAAUUGACUCAUUCCGUCCAGACAGAACUGGUGUAACUGAGUUAACAGAAAUCAGUUCUGCCCAUGAAUUUAGCCUAAAAAAUGAAUUGAGGUCAGGGCUUUGUGAUGGCCACUCCAAUACCUUGAUUUUGUUGUCCUUAAACCAUUUUGCCACAAAUUUGGAGGUAUGCUUGGGGUCAUUGUCCAUUUGGAAGACCCAUUUGCGACCAAGCUUUAACUUCCUGGCUGAUGUUUAGAGAUUUUGCUUCAAUAUAUCCACAUAAUUUUCCAUCCUCUUGAUGCCAUCUAUUUUUCCCUCCUGCAGCAACCUCCCCACAACAUGGUGCUGCCACCCCCAUGCUUCAUGGUUGGGAUGGUAUUCUUUGGCUUGCAAGCCUCUCGCUUUUUCCAUAAAACAUAACGAUGGUCAUUAUGGCCAAACAGUUAAACUUUUGUUUCAUCAGACCACAGGACAUUUCUCAAAAUAUUUAUAUCUUUGUCCCCAUGUGCACUUGCAAACUGUAGUCUGGCUUUUUUUGUGGCAGUUUUGGAGAAGUGGCUUCUUCCUUGUUGAGCAGCCUUUCAGGUUAUGUUGAUACAAGACUUGUUUUACUGUGGAUAUAGAUACUUGUCUACCUGUUUCCUCCAUCUUCACAAGGUCAUUUGCUGUUGUACUGGGAUUGAUUUGCACUUAUCGCACCAAACUAUGUUCAUCUCUAAGAGACAGAAUGUGUCUACUUCCUGAGUGGUAUGAAGGCUGCAUGGUCCCAUAGUGUUUAUAUUUGUACACUGUUGUUGUACAGAUGAAUGUGGUACCUUCAGGCAUUUUAAAAUUGCUCCCAAGGAUGAACCAGACUUGUGGAGGUCCUCAGUUUUUUCUGAGGUCUUGGCUGAUUUCUUUAGAUUUUUCCCAUGAUGUCAAGCAAAGAGGCACUGAGUUUGAAUGUAGGCCUUAAAAUACAUCCACAGUUACACCUCCAAUUGACUCCAGACAGAAGCUAAAUUAGGCUUGACAUAACUUAGUUGGAAUUUACCAUGCUGCUUAAAGGCACAUUUAACUUAGUGUAUGUAAACUUCUGACCCACUGAAAUUGUGAUACAAUCUGUCUGUAAAAAAAUGUUGGUGUAGAUGUCCUAAACGACUUGUCAAAACUAUAGUUUGCUAAUAUGAAAUCAAUGGAGUGGUUAUAAUUUUUUUUUUUUAAAUGACUUCAUCUG